AUGAAACAAGAAAUAUUAAGACAUUUGCCACGUAAUUGGAACGUUUUUAUUAUCAAUGGAAACGAAAGACCUGUAUCAACAACUAUUCGGCAACCUUUAAAAAAAUUGCAUCCACGAUUAACAAGAUUACGUCAACCACGUAACUUCAAACCAAUGAUAGUUCUAUUCUAUUUCAUGAAUGGUUAUAUUACCGUACCAAAACGUUAUGCAAAGAAAAAAAACAAAAGUAAUCAUGUUGUUGUAUCAAUGCAACAGACACCAAGUGAAUCUGAUUUUGUACCAAUACAACAACCACCUAUUGAACCUGAUCUUACAUCUGUUGUUUCAUUACCACAACAAACAUCAACUGAACGAGACAUCGUACCUGUUGUGUCUCCAAUACAACAAGUACCAAUUGAAGAAGAUGCUGUACUUGAUAUCUCUCCAAUACAACAACUAGUUGAACAAAAACAUGAAUCUGUUGAAAUAUCUCCACAAUAUGAUCCACCAACAACUAAUUUAGUUCCUGAUUCAAUUAUUCAACAUUUGGAAAAGUAAGUGUAUAUAGUUAUCAAUUUCAUUAAUAUAUAAAUCGAUUUUAUAUAUACAUAAAUAAGUUUGUACCAUUAUUUAGUUUAAAUAUACAAUGAUCUUCAGUAUUCAUUGAUUUUUCACCACCACCAAUAACAACAACAAUUCCUAUUAAUAGUCAAAAUUUGUUUAAUCAGGUAUAUUCUUUAGAAAAGUCAUGAUUUACAUACAUAUUUAUAUUCUAGAAUGAAAACAAAGAUGAAAAUAACGAUGAAGCAGAACCGAUAUCGAUCUUGGAAAUAAGACAAAAGAACAAAGAAAUUCUUGAUGAAUGGAACGAAAAAGUAGAGAAAAUACAAGAACAGAUUCGUACAGCAAAUGAAGAAACACAGAAACAAAUUCGUAAAUUAAAUGAAAAAACACAGAAUCAAAUUAAUGAUUGGAAUCAGAGAUGUCCAUGGCGGCGCUGCCGCUGCCGCGACGCGACCGCCACGGCGGCAGCGGCGCGGUGAAUUUUUAAAAGUAUGACAGCAGCAGCGGUGCGGCAGCGGCAAUUUAUCAACUUUGGCUGUCGCGGCAGCGGUUAAAAUUUUCGAAAUAUUUCUCCAAUUUUUUUCGAAUAAAUCUUAAGGCUUGGAAUUAUAAUUCUGUCGUGAUUCAGAUUAGUGAGAAUGUUUUUCUCGAACAACAGACUUUUAAGGCUAUUCCACCGACUAACAGAAAGAGACCUAUUAAUAUUGUGUAAAUAAAUGAUGUUAUUUGAAAACAUGUUAAUAGCAGUUAUAGAAUAUGUAUGCUGCUCUGUUUUAAUUGACGUACGUUUUUAUCAUUGUCAAUCUCGUUUCAUAGACACAAUAAAAACAAUAUAUGUUAAAAAAAUUGAUACGCGUUUUUAAUAAUGAGCGAUGCAAAAGUCUUUGCACAAAUGUCAAACCCUGUUAGACCAUAUUACCAACUUCGGAAUCAAUCAAAUUUUUUUUGUUAGAAAGAGCAAAGUCUGAACUACAAAUUUUGUAUGAGACAUAUUUUUCCAGAAUGAAUCUGAGACGGAGGAAAAGUCAAAAAGCAAACACUUUCUAAAAAAGUUCUUGCAACUUCACCAUCGAGCAACAUCAUUUUCUAUUUUCUGUUAGCUUGUUUUAUAUUAGAAGAGGGGUGAGAAAACACGUUCAACGAUGAUUUUUGUAGUAAAAAUAGUGCUCGUUCUAAUGAUGUAUUGAAAGUUAAAUCUACUCCUAGUCUUUAUAUCAAUAAAUAGCUUUUUCUGGAAGAGACUGACUAGGGAACCUUCCAAGGUGCGGGAGCGCUUUUCAAUCGGGG